GGGUACUUGACCUUAGUGUUCGCAGAGAUGGGAAGUGCAGCGUGGAUAUUUGUGCUGGCUGCCGUGUUGGUGCUGGGGGUUGCAGGGGAGAAGCCGGAGGACUUGACCUCCCAGGAGACGCCAGCGGAGGACGCCGAGGCCCGCGUCAAGCGCCAGGGCGGAGGCAUCGGCAACAACUUCAUCCUCCCGACGGUCAACAAUUUCCGCAAUCGGGGCAACUUCGGCGGCUCGAACGCCAACCAGUUCCUCAACCGCCCCGUGCAGGUGGGCGGAGCUCGCGCCUCCUUCUCUCGAAACUCGUCUCCGUCGAGCGGCUUCUCGGUCCUCAACAACGAUCCCUUAGGGCUGUUUAACAGGCAGUCGUCCGUCCAGAGGUUCCAGGGGGGACAGGUCUCGUCCACGACCUUCCCGCCCUCGUUCCAGAGAAACAUUUUCAACCAGAGGAACUCGAGCCCCCAGCGCUUCACGCCCUCGACACCCCAGGCUUUCGGCGGCCGCCAAGUUUUUAACCAAGGCCAGAGGGGAUUCCAGCCGACGCCGUUCCAGUUCGCGCAGAGCCUAGCGCAGAGGCAGCAGGCCCAGGCGUCUUUCCGCCAGCCUCAGCAGUCGUUCCCGCAGACUUUCGGUUCGCGACCCUCGGCGGCGGGUUUCCAGGGCGGGCGGCCGACGGGCGCUCAGGUGAGGACUUCCGGGGGACAGGUGAGGCCAACUGCAGGUAGCGGCAGUGUGCAAAGAGUAAGGGGUGUGCUUGUGCAACAGUUAAAAAUACCCUCUCAGUCUAGACCCUCUGUUGGUGUUUCCCAGAGACCGGUGGGUGCGCUUUUGCCUCAGACCAGAACCCAAAGACCCUCCACGGCCGAGGCUGCUAGAAGACCAGUAGGCGCGCUUUUCCAACAGACGAGACAACAAAGACCGUCUACGGCAGGCGGAAGACCACUGGGGGGGCUUUCCCAACAGACAGGACAGCGGACAGCAUCAGCAGGUGGUGCCCGCAGGCCAACAGGUGUGCCUCUGCCACAGACGCGGCCACAGACACCCACGACGAGAAACAGUGUUCAGAGAGUCUCGGGCGUGCGGUUUCAGCAGACGGGAACGCAAAGACCUACUGGACCUCAGAGCUUCCUGGGGCGCCCCAACAGCGGCCUGAGGCUCUUCGUGGAUUCGCCGGAGGAUUCGCGCGAGUUCCUCUUCCGAAACGUCGGCGGCCGAACCACCUUCCCCAGCCGAGGCUUCCAGCAGGGCGUGAGAAACUUCGGUAACCAGGGCUUCAGGCCGAGGCCGAACUUCCAGCUGGAUCUGGAUCUCACGCAGGAGGACCUGACGACGGAGUUCAACUCGCGCGAGCGGUUCUUCCCGACGGCCGUGGGUGGCAGGCCCUUGUCCGUGGGCGGGAGGACACAGGUCAACCGGCCGAACCCUUUCAACCAGGGCUUCAGGGGCAGACCCAACUUCCAGGUCGAGGUCGACGUGACGCGGGAGGACCUGACGACGGAGUUCAACUCGAGGGAGGUCUUCCUGCGUAACUUCCGCGGCGCUGGGAGGUCGUUCUCGAGCGCGACGGCCCGCCCGCAGAUCGCCCGCCCGAAUCCCGCCGUCCAGGCCUUCAGGCCGGCCCAGCGCGUGGAGAUCGACGUGGACGUGACUCAGGAGGACAACUCGCGCGAGCUGUUCCUGCAGAGCAUCAGGAACGCCGGCAACCUCGGGCGUCCGGCCAUCAACCCCAGCCGCACCUUCAGGCCGCAGGGCACCGUGCGGCUCGACGUGGACGUGACUCGCGAGGAUCUGACGCGGGAAUUCAACUCGAGGGAGGUCCUCCUCCAGAACACGGGCUUCGGGAGGGUCCUGACCAACACGAGGCCCCAGGGCUUCCGCACGAGCUCGCCGACGCAGAGCUUCCCGCCCAGUCAGCCGAGGCCGGUCUUCCCGCCCCGACCCGCCCUGCAGGUGGAGGUGGACGUGACCCGCGAGGACCUGGACGACUCGCGCGAGCGCUUCCUGCAGAGCCUGGUCAAUCGCCCCAACUUCGCCAGCGCCACCGCCCGCCCGCAGGCCUUCCGCCCGUCGCCCGUCAUCCAGAGCUUCCGGCCCCGCCCUGGCGUCCGCGUCGACUUCGACGUGACGAACGAGGACAUCGACGACUCCAGGGAGCUGCUUCUGCGCCCGACGGGCGGCCGCGGGAGGUUCCAGGCGGGCGCCUUCAGGACGAGCAGCUUCCGCCCUCGGCCGGUGCUGCAGGUGGACGUCACGAGGGAGGACUUCGAUAACGACACCUUCGAGCUGUUCGAUGACUAGAGCGGCCGCGAGGGUGCCCGCGAAGGGGGGCGCCGCGCCCUGCCGCUGCGGCGCUGCGUUGUUGUGGUGUAUAUUUAUCAAGUCAGUUUAUAUAUAUUAUCUAUUGAGCUUUAGGAGUAAGAUUAAUGUGUAA